UAAUUAUGAACGAGCGUGACUUGGAUAAAUCUUUUAUCGAGUACGAGCAGAUUUUGGAGGGAUUGAAGACGAAUUUCACAGAGAACUGGAAGACGAAAAGGAAGCCGAACCAAUCGCUCGACGAUUUCGUGCGGUAUAGAACCCUGGGAACCGGAGCCUUUGGUCGAGUGAUGCUCGUGAAGCAAAAAGCAACCGGCGUAUACUACGCGAUGAAGAUAUUGGAGAAGGCGAAGUUGGUGAAACUGAAGCAAGUCGAGCAUACCGGGAAUGAGAAGAGGAUACUGGAGUGUGUGCGAUUCCCGUUUGUUAUCUACAUGGAGUUUUGCUUCAAAGAUAACUCCUACAUAUACUUGAUCCUACCAUUCGUGACCGGCGGUGAAAUGUUUUCUCAUUUAAGAAGGAUGGGAAAGUUCGAUGAGGGACUGUCAAGAUUUUACGCUGCUCAAGUCACUUUAGCUCUUGAGUAUCUGCAUCAUUGCGGUUUGGUUUAUCGCGACCUGAAGCCAGAGAAUAUAUUGAUAGAAAGCAAUGGCUACCUGAAGAUAACAGAUUUUGGCUUCUGCAAAUUGGUAGACGGUAGAACUUGGACGCUGUGUGGUACGCCGGAAUAUCUGGCUCCUGAAAUAAUCCUUUCAAAAGGAUACGGCAAGUCGGUGGAUUGGUGGAGUUUCGGAGUUCUGAUUUACGAAAUGAACGCCGGAUACCCGCCCUUUUACGCUCGAGAUCCGAUGAAGAUAUACGAGAAGAUCGUUUCCGGAAAGUACAAGUUCGCAAGCAAUUUUGGCGAGGACUUGCGAGACCUGUUGAAGAACAUUCUACAAGUGGAUUUGUCCAGACGUUACGGGAACUUGAAGGAUGGCGCGGUGGACGUCAAGAAGCAUCGUUGGUUUCGCUCUGUUAAUUGGCUACUGAUAUACCAGCAGAAAGUAGAGCCUGGCUUCAUACCUAAAACCGGUAGCGUCGGAGAUACGAGCAACUACGAUCACUAUGAUGAGGAAGAGCUAAUCAUUGACAAAGUGGAUCGUUUUGCCAAGGAGUUUGCUGACUUUUGAUAGCUGGGUUUAGUUGAUGAUAAGCUA